AUGUAUGAUCCGAAUCUUUCGCAUUUUGGCGCGCCAAAAGAAUUUCGCCGAUGUUGUUACAGGAAAAGUCAACGGUCAGGCCAGGCCGAGCCGGAUAAGUCGGCAGGAGGGCCGCCGAUUUUUCUAGCUGGGUCUGGGCCUGGGCCUGGUUCUGGGCCUGGUCCUGGGCCUGGGCCUGACCUGAGAUCUUAGAUGGCCCGAAAAUUGAGUUUUGGGCUUAAAUUACAAAUAAUGAUCGUCUAUAGUCAACGACUGGACUGCUGCUCGACGAAACUCCCAAGUGACCGCCGGCUACUGCACCAGGGACAAUGAAGGCUGCGGCGGUCACCACCGACAGAGAGAGAGAGAGAGAGAGGGAGAGAGAGAGAGAGAGAGAGAGGAGGAGAGAGAGAGAGAGAGAGAGAGAGAGAGAGGGAGAGAGAGAGAGAGAGAGAGAGAGAGCAGCCUCCGCCGCCGACAGCCUCUGCGAUUCUCCAGGCCUUCGUGGAUCCGCUGAGGAGGCGGUCAUCUGGCGCGACCCAACAAGAGGGAUGGCUCUCUUGGAAUACGUUCCAUGAUAGAUAUCAUAAUUUCGACUUGAUAGAAAGAUGUUGAUGAUCUGCGCGAGCAGCUGAUGCAGUCCGAGUUAUCGACGAGUUUACGCUCGAUCUAACUGAACCCGCCGCAAGCGCGAUUUCCUUGCAAAUUAGAUUUUUCUUUCUUUAGGUUUUGGAGUGGCAAGACGCGUCUGAUCUGAAGUCUUAUACCACUCGCGUUGGAAGGAACAGGCGGCAGGGAUUGGAGAAGACAGAUACUUCGGAAACCAAAGAGCACAGCUUUUUUCGAAUGAGAACCCACAAACAACUUGCAAUUCAAGAUCAAGGAGAUGCCAUCUUGUAGAAGAGAGAGGAUGAUACCGUUUGAAAUUUGCGGGAUGGUAAUCAAGCAUAAAAUUACGAGGAUUUAUGACUCACAAUCAACAGUUCAUGGGCAGGCCGGAGAUGGGGAACAGACCAGAAACCCCGAGCUGGAAUCAGCACGAGAUGAUGCUCAUCUCAGGGUGGCAGACUCGGAUGAGCGGUCGCGGAGGAAGUGGUCCACCACCUCUCUGCGGUGGAAGCUCCGGUGGCAGUUGCAGGCGGCGCACUGGAGGGCGGCGGCCGUCCCCUCCUCCCCCGCGGGCAUGAACUCACGGCAGCCGUCCACGGCGUGGCCGCCGAUGCUAGCGGCAUGGUUCUUUCUGCACUCCGCGUACCUCACCACCCUCUUCCUCGCCGCCGGACCCCUCGGAUACUUCCCCGGUUCCUGUUGCGGACCCAUUCUCUCCGAUCUCCUAAGCCCGUAUGGAGAAGAGGGGAACUGAACAGCCCACCGAAAAUGAUGGCACAGAACGCGGGGAGGCGGCAGGCCAGAAAAAUAGAGAAGACCAAGAGAGAGAAAGAUGGGUACUCCGGCCACUGUAGGGAGAGUUAGUUUAUAUGGUGGGAUCACUGAGGGCUGGGGUGGGGUUGGGGGGGGGAGUUAUUCAGAGAAGGGAACACACCGGAUGCCGACGUGCCGACGAGGAGCUUCGCCAUAUUCCGCAACCCGCCGGCCCCAUCGGCGGGGGGGCGGCGCCCGUGAUUCGACCGCCGUGGGCAAGCUUUCUAGACUGGUGAGGAAACCCACCGGUUGCCGAUGA